AUGAUCUGUCUACUUGUGCUGUUUUCAUUACUAGUCAUCAAAGUGGACAGUGGUGCUGUGGGAGAGUGUCGAUCAGAGUGCGUCGAGCAGAAUCUCUACAAAAUUGUUCGAGUUCAUCUGAAGGAUGAUUUCGUGAUGGCAGGUAUUUGCAAAAAUACCACUGUCUCUACAGGAUCUCUAUCCACAGUGAUUCCAUUCAUAUGUAAUCGUCAUCAUGGAAUCUGGACGUUGGACACAGAAGAUGAAGAGGGAAUCGUACAAUUUCAAAUUCGGUGCCCACCAAAUGAUCCCGUUCCACCAAUACAGCUUGCCACAUGUCCACGAUCAUUCUAA